UCUGGCCCCUUUUGUAGGGUCUGUGAGUCCCUGCCGUGCAGAGAGCAGGGGACGCCUGAGGGCUGGCUCUGGGACACUGCCGCCUCUGCCUUGCUGCCCUGUUCCAAAGGAAAGGAGCCUUCUGCCCACCAACCUCCCAGCCCCUGCGGUAAUAACUCCAGGCCAGAAACUCGAAAUCUGAGUCAGAGUCCGCAGAGGGUGGAGGACCCUUGCGGACGCCGGGUGUAGAGUGCCGGGAGUUAUCAGGCUUCUGUGCGUGGCCCUAGACCUUCGUCUGUAAGAUUCUCUCUUACGUAGCUGUGGCCCUGGGGCUAUGUUGUGUCUACCUGCAUUUUUUUUCCCUCCAACCGGAGCAUAGACUGACUGGAGGAGUUGGGAAGGUGGGGUCAGACUUGGGGAGCCUGGGGAGGGGCCAUGGUGCCAAGCCAGUCAUGGGGGAGACUGGAGAAGCCACUACUCUACCUGUGCUGCGCCGCCUUCCUCCUGGGGCUGGCUUUGCUGGGCAUAUGGCCAGACAUUGUCCCUGUUGCUUCUUUCUUUCUGACCUCGGGUGGCUUCUUCCUGUUUGCCUGCCUCCUGGCCUGCUUUCUGGAAUGGGCAAUCCAGUCUGGGCAGCCGGAGAGCCCAGGGUCCUCAGGCAGUGCUCGAGACAAUGAAGCCUUCCAAGUGCCAACCUAUGGAGAAGCUAUGGUGUUGGAGUCACAGGGCCACCUCCAAGAGUUGGAUCAGCCGCCUCCCUACAGCAGCAUCAUAAUUCCCCCAGGACUUGUAGAGGGACAGCCUUGCCAUCCACAGGGGCCCAGGAGAGCCCAGGCGGAAAGACGAGUGGGCUCAGAGGGGUCUAUGGCCCCAGGAAACCCUGGAAGAGCUCCGGUCAGCCUCCGGCUUCGGGGACCACGAGCCAUGUCCGUGGCUCCUGAUCUGCAGGGUGUGGUCACCCUCCCCAAACUGGAGCCUCUUACUCCACCCCCUGACUAUGACGUCAGUUUUGGUCACCCUGAUGAUGACAAUGUUUUCUAUGAAGAUGACUGGACACCCCCCUAACAGACUUCCCCAGGAUAUAUCAUUUCUCUGCCAGACCCACUGGUUCAUUUGAGCACAUUUCCCAGUGCCUUCAGAAACAUCAUGAACGGAGACUUUAACCCAGCAGGGAGUCAGGCUAAGGUAAGCCCUUCCCAGUUGAGAUGUAGGUGGUACAAUUUGAAUUUUCAGGCAACAUUCAGAAACCUCACCCAUAUUCCCUAUUUCCAGAGUUAGACUGAGGGUGAAAGGAGGCGGUGACCCAGAGAACCUGGGGAAUGAAGAAAGGAAUCAGCAUCUGAGUGACAAUUAUGUUGCUUCUGUUUCUGGUGCUUUGCUUCUAUUAGAUCACUUGUGCCUCCCAGCCUCGUGAGGUAUUAUUAUCAUUUGAAAAAUGGGGAUUCCAAGGAUCUGAAAAAUUUUAUUUGCACAGGGGCACAGUGCUAGUAAAUAGCAUAGAAAUAACUUAAACUCUGCUGUUCAUAUCCCAAAGCCUAUUACGUUUCUGCUCAAAACAAGGUAGCCAGGCCAUCCGCACACCUCUCUUCUGCCUUGGACAACUGCUGGUGAGGGGUGGGAGACUUCGUGUAGUCAGAAUGGGGGGCCGCCGCGUGUCUGCAGACUGGGUGGGCUGAGUGUGCCCAGCCCACGGAGCAAAGCUCCGAUGGCCCCUGCUCCACUUGUAAAGCAGUUCUGGCCCAGGGGCUAAGAGAGUAGUGCCCAAUGAAGGGUCCCCAUCCUGUGGGGAAGCAGUGGAGUAAAACUGCCACACGGUUAGGGUCGGUCUUCCUGUUUUGAGAAUGGUGGAUAGGUAGGUCAGCAGGGAUAAAGCCUGAGCUUCUUGGCAGGGGUGGCGGAGCACCUAAGGAUACUGUCACCCGAUGUGACGACCGGAAUCACUUGCCCUGCUGUAAUCGCUUCAGUCUCAGCCCUUUACGCUGACCGCUAGGGUUUAACCCCAGCCCCCGGCCUGCUUCCUCAGAUCCCAGCAAAAGACCAGAUUGUCUGGAAUCCCGUUCUGCGGCUGUGCUGUAGCUUUUAACCAGUGGGAGGGGCUCAGUCACGGCCGACCCACCCCCCUCUGGGGUGCGCUCGCCACUCAGGGCUUCACUCACAGCUCGGGUAUCCGUCGGGCGACUCCUAGUGCUCCACGCCUCCUUACCCAAGCCCCAACAUUUCAAUAAAGUAAAAAGUCGGCCACUCGCGUCUCCGAAAAGUUUUUGCAAUAGG